AUUUCUAGAAAGUCCGACGCUCCAAAACAAAUUCCAAUUGUUAUUAAUCCAUCCAUAUUUAAUCGUUGAAUGCUUAUAUUUCGGUUUCGUGAAUAAAUAAUUGUGCUCAUGAGUGGUCGCAAUGAUAAAUGCUACCAGUCGGACGUCAUUUGUCUGGACUCGAGUCAAGAGUCUAUCAAAUGCGAUCAACAGGAAGAUGAGGAGGAGGGUGAGGUUAGCGACGAAGUGAUAAUUUGUGAAAAAUCGGUGAGAUUCAAUGAAACUCUGCCUUCGGGAAGUGCUCCAGAGGGGUUCGUUCUCAUUGAUGAAUCGAUCGAAGAGCUGAGCGAGCCACGGAAAGUUCCUCCUGAACCUGAAGAUGGCACCGAAGCCCCUAUUUUAAAGGUUAUCUUCAGGGAUAAAGAUGCUGCGAGGAAAUACAAAUGGAAAAUUCAGGACUUUCUCACUCAACUCAUCUUCGGUGAAGCUAGAGAAGACAAAAAUGCCUCGAAACCUACUCUGGACAUCUGGCCCUCAAACAAAUCCAAAAAACGAAAGCUCGAUGGAAAUGGAUUGGUAUCAGCUACAGACAAUACUCUCUUCAUGAUCGAUAGCAAUCCUCACGCUCAAGAGAGUCUCGACGUUCCCACGUAUGGCAGAAAAUUCGAAAAAGUCCUCAAGGAUGUAGAGGACGUACCUGACAUAGUAGAAGAAAAGGAAAAGGCAGCUCCAAAACUCAAUUGCUUUAAUUGUCUGGGAAAUCACAAUUUACGUGACUGCCCCGUGCCUCGGAAUUCUGUGGAAAUUAAUAAGAACAGGAAGGAUUUCAAUAAUAGGACUGGUCCUAAGUCUGUCAGGUAUCAUGUGGACGAAGACACAAAGUUCGAUCAUUUCAAACCUGGAAUUUUGAGCCAAGAACUGAGGAGAGCUUUAGGACUGGCUGAUAAUCAACUUCCCAGACACAUUUACAAAAUGAGAAUACUUGGCUAUCCCCCAGGGUGGCUGGAGGAAGCUCGUCUCCAACACUCUGGUAUAAAUCUUUAUAACUCUGAAGGAUUAAGAGAAACGGAGCUAGAUGAAGAGCAAGGCGAAAUAUUUACAUCAGAGUCCAGGGAUAAGUAUGAUAUAAGGAAGAUCCAUGACUACCCUGGAUUUAAUAUUCCAGCGCCACCGGGAACUUCAGAUGCUGCUUGGGAUGUCGAACAGCGAGCAAUUCAUUCCAAAGACACCAUGCUGGCGAAAAUGAGUGGUAGAAAGGUGGAAGAAGGAUACAAGAGGAAAAAAAUGAAACGAAGUGGAACAUCUCAGAAUUUGCCGUUUGUAGAACCGGUAGAAAUGGAAGUUGACGUUGUAGAAGAUACAUCUGUAGAAUUGUUAGAAGUGAACGGUCACUUUGUGCCUCCUCUUCCAGACGAUUCAGAGAUCUCUCCACUCCCUCCACCUCCUGGCUGUGAGGAGGAUACUUCUCCAAUUGAUUCCACAUCAGGAGUUGCGUCCCCCUCUCUCAGUGAAUUAGAAAACAGGAAACAGAAAUUGUUGGACUCAUUGGAGGAUACCAACUCUCAAUCUAAUCCUGGAUCUCCAUCAAGAUCUUGUCUGAAUAUUCCUGGGACACCCGAAAAUCUGUACAGAAUUGGAGGAGUUAAGUCUGUGGAGCUGGGAACUCCAAUUUUACAGAGCACAUCCCCUUUUACAAAAUUACCAUCGAGUGAAAAAUUUUCGAAAGACAUUUGUGAUGUUAUAAACUUUGAGAAUUUACCAAAUUCCACUGGUAAGUACGAAAAAAUGACGGGAAUUUUGCAGAAAGUGAGGGGAGUACUUUCUAGUACUCCUAAGUAAUGGAAAAAUGUUUUUUUUUUCGUUGAAAAAAAUGUACAGAGAUGAAAACAGACGAAAUUAAUGAAUAAUUUUUUUUUCACUCAUCAGUUCGAAUUUAAAAACAGACACCAAAAUGACAAAUUAUAUCACUAAAGAUUUGAAAAUAGCUGAAAACUAUCGCGUAAUAACGGCAUAAUAACGGUUCAUUUCCUUCUUAAAUUUAUAAAAUGACAUGGUAAUGAAUGAUUUCAGAAUCAAUUAUUAAAAGAUAUUGUCCAUUGUAAAUUUACUCACUAAAAAAAGUCUCAGAAAAAAGAUAACUCUCGUACAGAAAUAAUUUUUAUGUCAUUAGGCCCGAAAACCGCGAUCUAACUGAGCGAAGCGAGG